ACAAGAUAGUCCAUGAGAAUCAUUUAAGCUCUAAAGUUUGAAACAUCCAGACACAAUUUUGUGACUUUAUUAAUUCAUUCGCGUUUUAAAUGCGCUCGUGAGAUGAGCGUAUGAGUUCUGAAUAGCAUAACAAACCUGAUUGUGAUUUUUAUAUUUUUCUAAGUCGAGCAACGAAUAAAGAAGACCGGUGACAAUGUGUCCUCUACGUUACCUUUAUCACGUUCUUCUUUUUCUACUAACAAAUUUGCUGAUAUUUUCAAGUGCAAAUGUAACCGAAUGGAAGGCUCAUUUUGAUCCAAAUCCAAUAACAUUAAAGACAGCAUCAAGGCAACGAGUACAUCUGGUACUAGAUGGAUUACCUGAGGAUCUUAUGAAUGAACUACAACCUCCAAAUAAUACAAAUCAACCGUACAUACAACUCGUCAGCAGAGAUCCACAACUUGCGACUGUAAAGCAUCAACAUUCGAUGGUAUUCUUCCCAUUGAAUAAGACAGCCGUGGAUACAAAUUUUGAUCUUUAUGGGGAAUUCUUAGGUCAAACAGACAUUUUUGUUGAAAUAACAAAUCCCAGUGACAACGUCACGGAGAAAUCAAAUCAGUCGUUACGCGUUACAAUUUUACGACCAGCACGGCUGAUAGACAAACUCUUUACAUAUUCCGUUAUCAUAUUGGUAUCAAUUUUAUACAUCAACUUUGGUGCUGCACUAAGCUUAGAGACCAUUAAAGAUAUUUUAAGAAGACCAGUCGGUCCAAUAAUUUGUUUUAUAUGUCAAUUUAUAUUGAUGCCAUUGACCUCAUAUGGAUUAGGAUUUUGGUUAUUCCCGAAUGCACAUGAAAUGGCAUUGGGACUGUUUUUUACUGGAAUAUCACCGGGCGGAGGUGCUAGUAAUAUGUGGACACUUCUGCUGGGCGGAAAUAUUCAUUUAUCAAUUGCCAUGACAACAAUAUCAACGAUUGCUUCAUUCGGAAUGAUGCCAUUGUGGAUCUUUACACUUGGAAAAUUAAUAUUUGAACGUGCCAAGUUGGGUGUUCCUUACAGUAAGAUUUUCACAAUGGCUUUUGGCCUGUUAAUUCCAUUAUCCAUUGGAUUAUUAAUUCAGCGAUUCUUGCCUCGUGUCGCUCGUGUUUUGGUGCGAGUUUUAAAACCAGUUUCGAUGAUUCUAAUUCUUUUUAUUAUCGUCUUCGCAAUCAUCACAAAUUUCUACAUCUUUCAACUAUUCUCGUGGCAGAUCGUUGUUGCUGGUCUUGGACUGCCAUGGAUUGGUUACAUGUUCGGAUGGAUAUUUUCAAAAAUAUUUAGACAAUCAUCCCCUGACUGCAUAGCAAUAUCGGUUGAAACUGGAAUUCAAAAUACAGGAAUUGCAAUUUUCCUUCUUACAUUCUCACUUGAUCAACCGAUGGCGGAUUUAACAACUGUUGUUCCUGUAUCUGUAGCUAUUAUGACACCAUUCCCACUGUUGGCUGUCUACCUCGUUCAAAAGUGCAUGAAUCUCGCGUUUUUCCAAAAACGAGAACAAUCAGGAUAUUCUCCGAUUGCCGGACGAGAUGGCAAUCUUCAUCCAUCGCAAACUACUACAUCGUCGUUAGCAUUGACUCAAACUUGUCCACUGGAUUCCAUCGCUAUGGCACUACCAAUUGAUCCGAAUGAUCAAAGAGUUCACACUGCUUGAUACGAAAAAAAUGAGAUAUUAAAUGAUAAUGAAAAUGAUAUUCAAAAUUUUAUUUGAAGAAAUUCGCAAUUCUUUUUUUAAAAAAGAUAUUUUAAGUUUUAAACUUGCAUGAUUGUCAUAAUUUUAGAAAUAUUGGCAUUAUAGUAUCAUUAUUAUUUACAUAACUGGACGUAGACGUAUUUUUAGUUCCUUUAGUUUUUUCGCAUACAAAAAAAGAUCAGUUUUAUCAGUACUUUUCAGAAAAGUACGCAAAUGGGAUGGUUGUUUAUCUCAUGACUGCCUUAUGAAGGUUGAGUGACAUAAAAAGAUCUUUUUUUAGUUUUUUUUCCUUUCUUUAUCUUUAAUAUUUUUUCUUGCAUGAUAAAUUUAGAAUGCUUUCUUCUCUUCUUCCUAUAUUUUUUUGGCAUAAGCAUGUGACUUUAUUUUCUUCUAAAUAUGUCUACCUACCUCUUUUAUCUCACAUUCUGCCUCCAUUUUUCUCAGUUCACUACCAUUAAGUGUUGCUAAUUGGGGAGCUUUUGACUGGUUCAAAUGCAGUUUAUUGCACGGGAAAAUUUCUUAUUUACUAAUAAUUCCUGAUAUUACCUCGAAUAAAUUUAAUGAUUUUAAAGUUAAAAGAUUUCCCGUUUAAAAUUCUAUUUGAUUCAAAAUUUCAAAAACGGUUGAUAUUCAAAUUUUUUGGAAAACCUAUAAUUUUGAAGUCCAAAAUUUCAAAUCUCUAAAUUCUGCUAAAAUUUGAAUUUAAGAAAACCG